AUGUAUUUAUCAGACGAAGUUAUUUAUGUUUGUUUACUGCUUAUAUCAAUACCGAUUGGAUUUCUUUUCAAAAAUUCUCGUCAUACAAAUUUAAAAGCAUACUCUUCGACAUUAAUUGGUUUUAUUUUUGCUUUAACAGUUUGUCGUUGGGAUGUUUUACAUUCAUUAAUAACAACUUCUGUAACAUGUCUUAUAAUAGCUAGUGUCACUGCAAGAUAUGUUCAUAUAGCAGCAUUUAUAUGGUGUUUUUCAUAUUUAUUAUUUUUUCGUACAACAAAUUUGUUUUCCAUUCGAUUACCUGUUGCACAUAGUAAUGCUAUUCAAUUAAUGUUAACACUUAAACUUGUUGGUAUUGCUUUUGAAUGGCAUGAUUCAUAUACACGUUUGAAAACUAUUCGUACACAAACAAAUGCAGAUGAAAGUGAAAAAUUACAUUUACAAGACAUGUAUUUAUCUGUUAAACCAUCAACUUUACGAGUCUUUCAAUAUGCUUAUUGUUAUAUUGGUCUUCUAACUGGUAAUUUUCAAUAUAAGAUUUUUAUAAUUAAA